AGCAUGAAUUAUUAUAAAAUUAAAUUAAAAAAAUAAGGGAAUAUAACGCCAACUUGCUGUCGAUUUUAUUAUGCGCUUUCUCUAUUUCACACUUGUCAUUUGGCCUUUUGUGCGCUUCGCUGUCAUCUGUUUUUGCUUCCAUUCAAGCUCUCUAGACUUUUUAAUAUGCAGUUUCAAACUCAUCGUUAGUUUCAAGCAACUCUCUGUUUCUUUGUUUUUUCAAAAGGUAGGUUAGACCUAAGUCCUAAAUCUGACGCUGAAAAGAAGAAAAGGCCAACUUUUUCAACUCGGUCCUUGACUAACUCACCGAGUCAAUUUGGCAAUUUAAAGGUGGUUCUAAUCCUGAUUUCCAUAGAACCAUAUGUUCUUAGAAGAAAAAAGAAGAAGAAGAAGAAGAAUCUGAGGAUUGAUGGGGAGUCUGGUGGAAGAGAUUGAACGCGAGCUAGAAUACAAUGGUGAGGUAACUGUAUUCGUUGCGGUGGGGAAGAGUGUGGAGAAGAGCAAAACGACGCUUUUUUGGGCGGUUCACAAUUUUCCCGGGAAAAGGAUAUGCGUGCUUCACGUUCACCAACCUACUCACGUACUUGCCUUGACGGAUGGAAAGCUUGCGCGUAAUAAGUUGAAACAGAAGGCAGUUGAGGCAUUCCAGAAACUUGAAAGACAAAAAAUGCAAGAACGCUUAGACGAAUAUCUUCUUAUUCUUCACCAUGCAGGGGUACAGGCAGAUACGGUAUGGAUAGAGAUGGACAGUGUUGAAAAGGGGAUUGUAGAAAUUAUAGCACUGCAUAGUAUUAGAUGGCUUGUGAUGGGGGCAGCAGCUGAUAAAUAUUAUUCAAAGAAACUAGUAGAACUAAAGUCCAAGAAAGCAAUCUUUGUAUGCCAAAAAGCACCAGUUUCUUGUCAUAUCUGGUUUACUUGCAAGGGUUGCCUCAUCUAUACUAGAAUAGAGAGAAAAGAUGGAUCUAAUAGAGAGAUUGCAACUCCUACGCCACCACUGAAUUCACCCCAAAGAACAGAGCAAUCGAAGCUCUUGCUGUCAGAAUCUGUACUUAGGAUGAGAUCUCUAGAUGUAGAGGAAGAUACAGACAUACGGGGAGGAAAAUUAAGGCCUAUUUCCUGGUAUUCAGAACAUCCAAACUUGUCUAGCAAUAGAAUGGUUGACACUUAUGGAUCAAUCCAGUUGCAGAUGGAUGAGGUCGAAGAAUAUCAAGGACAAGCGACUAAUGAAACUGCUCAACAACUAGAACUAUCCGCUAUGGAUGAUCAUAACUUAAAGCAGAAAGUAUUUGCAGAGACAGUGAAGCGAUGGAAUGAGGAAAAUGAUGCCUUGGAGGCUACAUGCAAGGCAAAGGCUUUAGAAGGCUUAUAUCUGAAGGAGAUGAGCCGAAGAAAAGAGAUGGAGGAAUUUCUUGAAAGAGAAAAGCAAGAAGUACAAAAGAUGAAGGAUCAGCGUGAUGAAUUUAAGAAAGAACUGCAGAUGGUUAAAGACCAGAGGGCAGUACUUGAGAGCCAAAUUGCCGAGUCCCAAUGCACAGUGGAGGAGUUGGAGGGGAAGAUAAUCUCAGCCGUGGAACUUUUGAUUAGUUUUAAGAAAAAGCGGGAUGACAUGCAGAUAGAGCAUGGAAAUGCCAUAAGACUAUUGAAAGAUUUAAGGCAAUUGGUAAAUGGUGAAGAUACAAGCUUUCCAGGGACACAAAUCCUUGAAUUUUCUUUCAUGGAGAUUAAUAAUGCCACUCGCAACUUUGAUCCAUCCUGGAAGAUUGGAGAAGGAAAAUAUGGAAGUGUAUAUAAGGGUCUCCUUCGCCAUGUGCAUGUUGCUAUAAAAAUGUUGCCCUCGUAUGGCUCUCAAAGUCUCUUAGAUUUUGAGAAGGAGGUAGAGAUAUUAAGUCGGUUGAGACAUCCAAAUCUGAUAACAAUAAUUGGAACUUGCCCAGAGUCUAGGUCACUUGUCUUUGAGUACCUCAGAAAUGGCAGUCUAGAAGACCGCCUUGCCUGCAAAAAUAACACUCCACCACUUCCAUGGCAAACUCGAACUCGCAUUGCUUCUGAGAUAUGCUCUGCCCUUAUCUUCCUUCACUCUAAUAAGCCUUGUAUCCCUCAUGGGAACUUAAAACCCUCUAAAGUCCUUCUUGAUGCCAAUUUUGUGUCGAAGCUCACUGACAGCGGCAUGUAUCGCUUGAUCCCACAUGGUGCAAGUACAGCUAAUUCUGUCUGGUCAUGUAUUAAGUCUAACCCUGAGAUUGCAUCUGUUUAUAUGGAUCCAGAGUAUCUUGAGAACGGAAAAGUCACUCGAGAAUCUGACUUGUACUCAUUUGGGAUGAUAUUGUUACAACUUUUGACUGGGAGACCAGCUUUGCAGAUCUUGAAAGAUGUAAAAUGCGCAAUAGAGACAGAAAACUUUAACGCUGUGUUGGACUGGUCAGCUGGGGACUGGCCAUUUGUAGAAACCCAACUGCUGGCUCACUUGGCAUUAAGGUGUUGUGACAAGCAGCCAUUGAAUCGACCAGACCUUGUGUCAGAAAUAUGGGGUGUGCUUGGGCCAAUGAAGGACUCAUGUAUCAACUCAGCAUCAUGCUUGUUGAGAGCUAAGGAGCUUCGUCGGAUCCCUUCUCACUUUGUCUGCCCAAUUUUUCAGGACGUGAUGAAAGAUCCACUCAUAGCCGCAGAUGGCUUCACAUAUGAGGCAGAUGCUAUUAGAGGAUGGUUAGAAAGUGGCCAUGACAGAUCACCAAUGACAAAUCUUAAGCUUGAACACUGCAAUCUGGUCCCUAAUUAUGCUCUUUAUCAGGCAAUUCAAGAGUGGCAACAACAAUAGUGAUAUAUAUAAUCUUGUUUUCAUUUCCUGUACAUACGAUGACCUUAUCCGUCACACCUUCAUACCUAUUCAACCACCAGAAUCAAUAAAAGUAUAGCAUACUCAUAGUCUCAUGUACAGCUCAAGGGAUUUCAGUGUCAUUGCAUCAAAAGUUUCACUUCACCUAUUCCUCAUAGAAAUGUUUCAGUUUUCUCCAGGACUGGGAUGCUUGUACAAUUUUGACACUCAGUUGAGGGAAGUACAGGAUGGACUUGAGUGCUCCAAUUAACCUUCAACGCCGUUGGACUAUUUUGAAAGUCACAGGUGAAACUUCAUAUAGAAGUAACACUAGAGUGUUGCCCAAAUGAUGCAUAGGCCUUUUUUAUUUAUUUUUUAUUUUUAUAUUUGUAUAAAAGGAAAUAAUUUAAGAAAUGCUUUAUUUACAAUACAAUCGGAGUUAUUAACACUUGACUAUUGUUAAUUUGGCAUCAUCUCGAAUCACAUAUGAGCAUUUGAGAAUGGGAUAUAUUUGCUCGAUAUUAUAUGAAGUGAUG